GUAAUUUUCUAUGAUUCCGAUUGGAAUCCGACUGUCGAUCAGCAAGCCAUGGAUCGUGCGCAUCGUCUGGGCCAAACGAAACAGGUGACCGUUUAUCGGCUGAUUUGCAAGGGCACCAUUGAGGAGCGGAUUUUGCAGCGUGCGCGCGAAAAGAGCGAGAUACAACGUAUGGUUAUAAGUGGCGGUAAUUUCAAGCCCGAUACACUCAAACCAAAGGAAGUGGUUUCAUUACUGUUGGAUGAUGAGGAAACCGAGUUGAAAUAUCGCCAAAAAAUUGAUCCCGAUGCGCCAGCCAGCAGCCAAAACAAAGAUAUGCCCGGCAUAAGCAACGAUAAGAAACGCCAACGUAAUCCAAAUAAGCAAUCAUCGGCGGCGACAUCACAACCAGGUGGCAUUACUAUACCAGCAGCGAACAGCAGCGGCAUUAGCGCUGAAGACGCCAAUUCCUCCAUCGGCAGCUCACCGGCUACUAAACGACCGAAAUUGGAAGCCGCCGCCACAAAUGAUGAUGACUCUAUCGAUGUGGCUGCCACAUCGGGCACCUCGAGUCCGUGCACUAGCGCUGCCACAGCUACAGGCGGCAAUAUGGAACCAUUUGUGCCCGGCGCCACCACCGUUUCGCACAACGACGACUCCGAUAAUGAGGCAUUGAUUGUGGACUGUGAGAGUCCGUUGCAUGGUGCUGAAUCGCCCACUCUAUUUGGUGACUAUGGCAAUAUUGGUCGCAUACGUCGUCGCCAUCAUCCGCGUGGCACUAAACGUGGUCGUCCACGCGGCAGCACAAGGCGUGGCGGUGGUAGUGGCACCUUGGGUCGUUCACUCUCAUCGCCGGGUAAUGGAAAUGUAACAACGCCCGCAACACCAGGUGGAGAAGAUUCCACUCAUUCAAUAUCACUCACCAAUUUAAGUCCCGUCGAAUCCAGCUUCUCACCCGCUGUGCCAACACCGAUGAAACGCGGCCCCGGACGUCCACGCCUCAAGACCGCCGGUCCAACAUAUCAGGGCACACGUGGUGCACCACGCACACGCAAGCCCAUCGGUCCGCUUGUAGUGCCAUUGGGUCACAGUCCCGGCGCCACGCCAGUCUCACGCAGUCCGGCAGUUAGUCGAGCGCCAAGCCCAAGUUUUUCGGAACGCAGCAGUUACAGCGCGACGGGUGUAACGAUUUCUGCAGCUACAAAGGAUGCCGCCGGUGGUGGUGGCAGCGGCGGCGGCGGCGGCGGCGGCGGCGGCGGCGGCGGAGGAGAGAAUUAAUUUCGAAGGAUAUUUAAUUGAAUUAUCAGCUAAUUAAUUUAUUACAAAAAAACUCUAUAUUAAAUAUAUAUUUAAAUUUAAGCUGACUAUUUUGUAAAAUUAAUUUAUUUAGAUUUAGUUUCAACCACAUUCACUUUUAGUAAUUUAAGUUCAAAGUGUUCAUUAUGCAUCAUUAAUCGGUUUAAGGUAAAAAUGAAAAGAAAAGUUAUAACAAUAAUCUACUUAAUUACAUAUGUAUGUAUGUGCUCGGUUAAGUAAAU